CCCGGCUUAUUCUGCUCACUUCAGCAGGCUGCACCGCGGCAAGACAGCAACAGUCUUAAACAUUUACAACCGUCCCACCAACUCGAACAGCCUGCAGGUUUUCUUACAUUCCACAAAUUAAAUAUUUUAUUAUCAUUAAGAAAAUCCGUGUGCCAGCAUGCUGCGCUGGAUUGUGGCGGUGUGGUUACUGUGGGCGGAAAGGGCAGCCGGACAGGCGCUGCGCUACAGCAGUUACCUGGACCCCGAACGACGCUUCCAUCUGGCAUGGGAUUACAAUGCAACGCAUAUUCAGCUGGAGUACACGGCCGCCACAAGGGGCUGGCUGGCGCUGGGUAUUUCGCCCAACGGUGGCAUGAAUCAGUCCGAUGUUAUUUUCGCCUGGAUAGAUGAUACCACCGGAUUGCCGCAUGUCCAGGACCGUUGGAUUGACGUGGGCAGUUCGGGCGUGAACCCAACACUAGACGACAAACAAGACUGGACACUCGUAUCCGGCAAACAGAACACCACCCACUCCAUCGUUCGCGUUGCGCGUCUCCUGACCACCUGCGAUCCACGUGACCGCCCCUUCACCAACGACACGAUGCGGAUAAUCUUCGCGGCUAAUCCACGUGACCCGGCUGGGGAGGCGGCCAUGAUUGAGCAGCACAGUAUGCGUGGCACUAAAAGUGUCGUUUUCUUCACCGAUGCCUUCCUCACCGAACGCGCGGCCUCCAUUCUCGGCGGCGGCAGUCUCCUGCAGAUGGAUGUCCGUGUCGAUAACGUUCCCAUUCCCACCGGCAUCGACACGAGCUACCACUGCAAACUGAUCAAACUGCCGGAAGUCAAUAAGAAAUACCACAUAAUCGGAGUGCGGCCACUGAUCCAACGUGGAAACGAGCACAUCGUGCACCAUGUGGUGGUCUACUACUGUGACAGCACCGUCAACGACACCGUGACGCCCAAGGAAUUUGAGUGCGCCGGGGACAACGUCGACGAGGAGGCUAUGAUGAACAUCGCCGUGCACUGCCACUCCAAUGUGCUGGCCGUUUGGGCCAUCGGCGGCUCUGACAUGUACUUCCCUCCUGAAGCCGGUCUACCGCUGACCCCCGAGAUGAGCGACCGUUUCGUCAUGGUGGAAAUCCAUUACGACCUUUCCAUGCGUACCGAUCAGGCCGACGUGCAAGACAGUUCGGGUAUGAGUUUCAUCCUCACCGAACAGCUGAGACCCAAUGAUGCUGCUGUAUUAAGCACCGGCACCAUGGAUUUUAACUUUUUAAUUACCAUUCCUCCCAAUGUGGAUGACUUUGUCGUCUCUUCGUAUUGCCACACCCAGUGUACGAGCAUGUUUCCGGCCGACGGCAUCAACAUCUUCCAGUCCUUCCUGCACGCCCACACUCACGGACGAAAGAUAAUUCUGCGGCACAUUCGUGAUGGAAAAGAACUGCCGCCCAUCGGCAAAGAUGACGCCUACGAUUUCAACUACCAAGAAUCACGAAACGUCCAGCCGUACCGUACCAUACUUCCGGGUGAUACAUUGAAACUGGAGUGUACCUUUUCCACGGCGGGCAUGUCCAAACCGGCAUAUGGCGGAUUCAGUUCGCACGACGAGAUGUGUCUAGCCUACCUGACCUAUUACCCGGCUACUCCGCUGGCAUCAUGCGGGACCAAUGUCAACUUCACCAAUUAUUACACCACCAUUAACUACACGUUGCCGGCCGAAUACUCCCUCACAGAUUACCGCUCCAUCCAGAUCGCCACGAAGGACUUUCUAAACAGCCAGAUGCAGUGGGACACCACCAGCGUGCAGACACUGCAGGGAUUUUAUAACGGCGAUACAUCUUCCGAAUGCGUCACAAUCGACCUGAAUCGGACAGCCAUCCCCACCCCACCUUUGGAGUAUACUCCCUACGAUGACCCCGCCACCCGGAUGUGUCCCAAUUUAACACCGAAUCAACCUUCGCAGCGUCUGCAAGCCGAACCCCCCAGGAAACCGGCACCGACGGCUGCCAAUUCCACACAGCACUCUGUCGCUAGCAUAACCACCGCGGGCGGAAACUUGGUUUCUGUCAUCGUCAUUCUGCUGUUGUGCGUGUGUCAACGAAUAUGAGCCUAGUUUCCUGUUGUUCUGAUUUCCGCAUUGAGCCGUUUAUGUCGGUUUCCGCAAAAUGCAAAUAUAUAUUCAGCGUUAAAGUAGCGCUGUGCGCUAUUGCCGUGAUUAGCAAUUAUAUUUUUUAGCAUCA